AUGGCGAGGAGGAAGAGCAAUUCCAGGCAGCUCUUGUCUGUGGGCCCCUACUUGGGCGUGGGCCCUCGGCAGAUGCCCUACCCUGCAAGUGCUGCUGUGAGGAUCAAUGAAAACGGGCAGAAGAUCAUCUACUUGCCCAAAGGGGAGACGGUCAAGCUGGGAUGCCCCUUUGCUUCAGACCCAGAAGACAACACGCCCGACAGUGACUGGGACAUCGAAUGGCAGCAAGUGAGGCCCGGCCCGCAUCCUCAGAGCAACCGGCUCUUGGGCUACCAUGAUCACCAAGUCAUCUAUCCUGGGCCUCCUGACUACCGGCAGCGAGUGGGGUUCACAUCAGCAGACCCCAGCCUGUACGACGCUUCCAUGCAGCUGCGCGACCUGCAGAUCGCAGAUUCGGCAACGUACGAAUGUAGGGUGAAGAAAACCACUGAGGCCAGCCACAGAGUGACCAUCACCGUACAAGAAAGGCCGGUGGUACCCCAGUGCUUGAUCCUCGGCGACAUUGCCUAUGGCGGGGACAUCACGCUGCGCUGUGUGGCUGGCGGAGGCUCCCCGCCCCUCAGCUACCGUUGGUCCAUGACUCAUGGGGAUCAGUUCAGGGACUGGCUGCCCCCAGUGGGAUCGAUCGGCUCUGCUCCAGGCGACCUUCGCUUCCAUGACUUGAGCGAAGACGACGCGGGCACCUAUCAGUGCGCUGUUGGCAAUAACGUGGGCGUCGCCUAUUGCACCGUGGACAUCUUCUUUGAAAGCGGGCUCAGCUACAGCUGGCUGGUCAUAGGAGCCAUUCUCAUCGCCGCCCUGACGGCGGCCAUCAUCGCCGUGUCGGUGACUUGGUGCUGCUGCUGCUGCUGCGGGCGAAGUGGCUGUGGAGGAUGCGGCGGCGGAUGCGGCGGAGGCGGAUGCGGCGGCGGUGGAGGAUCGUGCUGGGACGGCUGCUGCGGCUCUUGCAACAAACAUGAGGAGAAGCAGGACUGCGUCGAGACCAAGGGCAACGAGAUCUGCGUGGACGCCAUCCCUCCCCCAAGUCGGCCCUGCAGCCAGGCCUUCAGCCGGGCCAGCAGCCUCCACUCCUUGCUCGGCUUCAAGACGGCCAACGUCCAGUACACGCAGGGCCGCAAGUUCGUGCCCCCCAUCGUCCAGGUCAAGACGACGCCUCUCCCGGAGCCGGACGUGAACGUCGUCGUGCCUGCCGAUCUCCCUUCACCCCCCUGUUCGGAGGGCGGAGACGUGGUCGAGCACUACUACGCCACGAAGGUGCAGGGGACCUAUUCGCCCGCGAGUUCCGAGGCCAGAUACAUCAAGGGCGAGGACCAAGAGGGCUCGUCUUCCCCACCUCACAUCUUCUCCAGCAAGACCGCCUAUGCCACCACGGACACCACUGCCCUCCACUGGAAAGACGGCACCAACAGGCAUUAUAAAGGGGCCGUUGUGAUGAUGCGGUCGUCCAGCAAGGAAGGGCUAUUGAUAUGAGGCGGGGGCGGAGCAUGCAGCAGGGC